AUGAACUUCUGGGUUCAAGUGCAAAUUUAUGUUUUAAUUUUCUCUCCCUCCCCUGCAAGGCGUUCCCUGCCCUGGGCGGUCAGUACUCACCCCAAACGGCGAGUUGAAGAUGUCCGACCCAUUUUCUGGGCCUCCAGGCCGAAGAGUUACAUCUACCGAACUCAGGAAUGGGAUGAGUUUCCUAAUGGCCGCUGGGGUAACUCAUCCUCCCCAGCCUUUGGGGAGCUAAAGGAUUAUUACCUCUUCUACCUGAAGAGCAAAUCUCCCAGGGACGAGCUGCUGAAGAUGUGGGGCGAGGAGCUGACCAGCGAGGAAAGCGUCUUCGAGGUGUUCAGGUGUUACAUCGCCGGAGAGCCCAACAAGGAGGGGCACAAGGUGACCUGCCUGCCUUGGAACGAUGAACCUCUGGCGCCCGAGACCAACCUUAUGAAAGAAGAGCUGGCCAAGGUGAACAGGAGAGGGAUCCUGACCAUCAAUUCCCAGCCGAACAUCAACGGCAAGCCCUCCACCGACCCGAUUGUGGGCUGGGGUCCCGACGGAGGCUACGUCUUCCAAAAGGGUGAGAACAUCACCAACGCGCAUGAAAUGCAACCCAAUGCUGUAACGUGGGGCAUCUUCCCCGGCAGAGAGAUCAUUCAGCCGACGGUUGUAGACCCGGUUAGCUUCAUGUACUGGAAGGUAAGAGGGUUAUUGUUCCCUGCCCUGCCCCAAACACCCAGGAAACUCUUAGCCUGUUGGUACAGAUCUGGGGCUUUGGUACAUUUCCGUGGAAAAUGUAUGUGGACAGAAGUACAAGGUGCCAAUUACUAUUCCCUAGAACUUGUGGUACCGGGGUACCUCUGCUCCUCUAAUAACAACUUGGGGGUAGAACCCCCACUUUUGCCUGCACAGGUUCAGUGAACUCAUAGGUCUGUAUCAAGUCAUAAGAACAUAAGAACCCGCUGGAUCAGAGCAGUGGCCCAUCGAUGAUGAUGGUGGUGGUGGAUAGGCAAACUAAGGCCCGG